AUGGCGUUUGCCUAUCGCGCUCCCAUCGGCGCGGGCCGCGCGCUCUCGCAGUCGCGCGACCGCAGCGCCCGCGGCCCGCCGCCAACGCCACCGCUCAUCGCCCGCACCGUCCCGCUGCCUCGUUCUCGCACCCCUCCUCUCGCCUCCUGCCUGCAGUCUCCUGCAUCUAUCGCCCUCCACAUACAGUUUAGACUCUGCCUGACUUCCCAUGUCCAUGCCUGUGUCACCCCGCAGACUUUGCGUCGCGUCCCCGCCUCUGCCCAGUCUCUGCCCAGCCCAUACCUCUUCCCUGCCCCACGCCUCUGCCCCCGUCUUUGCCCCCUAUGGGCGCAGUCGGGUAGGCUGGCACGUCCUCUACCCACGCCUCUGUCCUCGUCACGCUCUGCCCCCCCGCCCGACGUCUCUCCCAGCGCCACGGCUUGCCCCACCCGCGACUGCCAGCCCACGCUCCCGGCCCAACCCACGCCUCUACGGCCACGCCUCUUACCUCUCUCCUGUGCUUACGCCAACGCCUGUACCCCGGCCUCCGGACUCGCCCCUGCCGUUUCACCACAAGGCCGAAUAAACCCGAGCAUUGGUCCCCUUCGAAAACCAAAUGUGUGGAGAAGUUGCCCUAACUUCGCUUUCAGUGGGUUGCCGCGCUUCGCCCUCGCCCUCGCCCUCGCCCUCGCCCUCGCCCUCGCCAGGGUGUCAGCCUGCCCAGCCAUCGCCGCGGCUGUCAGUGCCUCCGCCUCGCGGCGCGGCGCUUCCGAGUUGCAGCGGAUAAGGCGACGUUUUCCUCUUGCUACAGUGGCUGCAUUCAUGGGAGAUGAUACACAGGUCACGCGACUUAAAAAACCUGGCAGCGGGCUGUGCGAGGCGAGCGACAUGGAGUCCCCGCGCGGCACCAGCAUCCGCAUCCAGCACCUGACGGCCGCCGCCGCCGCCGCCGCCGCCUCCGCCGCCUCCGCGCAGCCGCCCGACGGCCGCUCGCGCUUCCCGAAGCUGGACGAGUGCGCGCACUUCCACUACGACCUCGUGGAGCUCGGCCCGCUGCAGGUGUCACUGUAUGAGGAAGAGUUGAAACCACUUGCUUGUGAAGAUACAGAAAAUAAGUAUUUUCAUGUAUCAGUGACAUCUUUGGGCAAGACCUGGGUGCUCAGAAGAUCUUAUGACAACUUCCGAAUGCUGGAUUCACAGCUUCAUCGGUGCAUUUAUGACCGAAAAUUUUCUGGUCUUCCUGAACUACCUCCUGAAGAAAAUGUACAAGGCAUCAAUCAUGAGGAGAGUGUUCGCAAAUUGCUUACUGACUACCUGACUCGCUUCUCUCAUAUUGCGGGGAAUCUCAUUAAUUGUGGGCCUGUUCUUAACUGGCUUGAGUUGGACAAUCGAGGUAGACGUUUAUUGGUUCCUGAUGGAGAUAACUGUCCAAUCAACACUCCUGCUGUAGCUGCAGCAUAUGCAGUGAAGAGGUAUACUGCUCAAGCAGGAGAUGAAAUAAGCUUUGAGGUGGGUGAGAUGAUAUCAGUUAUUGACAUGCCACCUCCUGAGGAAUCAGUUUGGUGGCGUGGGAAGAGGGGCUUUCAAGUGGGCUUCUUUCCAUGUGAGUGUGUGGCAGUCAUUGGCGACAAGGUGCCACGCAAUCUACAGUUACCCACUCCUCCUCCAGAAGAUCAACCUAGCAAGCCAGUUUUACGCAAGCAUGGCAAACUCAUUGCCUUCUUCCGCUCUUUCAUUUUGUCUCGACCUUCUCGCCGCAGGCUGAAGCAGUCUGGUAUCCUUAAAGAACGUGUUUUUGGGUGUGAUCUUGGAGAGCACCUUCUUAAUUCAGGCCACGAAAUACCCAUGGUGCUCAAGUGCUGUGCGGAGUUUAUUGAAACAAAUGGCAUUGUUGAUGGAAUAUAUCGUCUGUCUGGAGUAAACUCUAAUAUUCAAAAACUACGGCAAGUUUUAAAUUUGAUGCAAUGUCUGCUGUUCUCUUACAGGAAUGCAUUUGAUGAAGAUCGUGUUCCUGCUCUCUAUGAAGAUGAAGCCAUUCUGCAGGAUAUUCAUUCUGUGGCAUCUCUACUGAAGAUGUACUUCCGAGAGCUGCCUAAUCCUCUGUGCACCUAUCAAUUGUAUCAUACUUUUGUUAAUGCUGUGCAAUCUUCUCAAGAGGAAGGCUACAGAUUGCUGCGAAUGCGAGAUGCUGUCCAAAAACUCCCUCCUCCUCAUUACAGAACACUGGAGUACCUGAUGCGCCAUCUAGCUAGGGUUGCUGAACAUGGUCAUACAACAGGCAUGACUCCACGUAAUGUGGCAAUUGUAUGGGCUCCCAACCUUUUGCGUUGCAAAGAACUUGAAGUUGGUGGUGUAGCAGCUCUCCAAGGAGUGGGUGUGCAAGCAGUUGUCACAGAGUUUCUGGUGUGCUACACCGACCUUAUAUUCAGCGAUGGCCUCCCACCAAUUACUCUGCCUCUGACCGAAGUUACACCUAAGCGUAGCCGACCUAAGUCUUUAGCCAUCUCCACUCCCACAAAGUUGUUGUCUUUGGAAGAGGCAAGAUCUCGUGCUCUCUCAGCUGGUAAGACGGAACAGGAAUACAUAGAAGUUGGUGGUGGUCCUUCAAAUCUUCCAGCUAAAUAUCACACUGUGAUAGAACUACCAGGAUCUGGCAGGAAGCGCUCAGGAUCCAAACGUUCCCCUUUGGGUUGGAAAUCUUUCUUCAGCAAAUCAGGACGAAAAAACAACUCAUCAGCACCACAACGUAAAGCAUCAACUCCUUCGGAACUAGGAUUGAAUCAGGAAAAAGCAGUAACAGAAAUGGACCUGGCGCAGGGUCGGCGGAGGCUGCGUCCUGUGAAAAGUGCAGAAUCUUUGGCAUCUGGAGCAAAUUCAAGUCGAAAUUCAGCUGCACUAGAGCAAGCAGAGUUGACAACCCCUGAUGACGUGACCUCACCUACCCACGGGGGUAAUGGGAAGGCUAGUGGUCACAAUCGCUCAGUAUCCCAUGAUUCGUACUUUGAUAGUCUAGCUGAAACACCAAUGCGCACGGGCCCUACUUCCAGACCAUCACAGUUACCUGAAGAAGAAAACGAAGAAAAUUUCUCUUCUUCAUUGGAUUUAAGUGAAAUUCACUUGAAUUUUGAUUUAGAAGAGUCGGAAAUGCGCAUAUUCUCCGAGGAUGAAACUCUGGUAUCAACUUCUGCUGGGAGUGGGAGUUUUGUGAGUCAAGGUUCUCCCCGUGUAGGUGCUUUCAGAAGAGCUCAACAAAAUACUGCAGCUAAACGGCUGCCAAUGCGAGAACUUCCUCCACCUAGGGCUCGACCGGAAGACUCCUUUAGUGGUUGUAUCAGUACUGAUCCAUCUCCUAAAAAGCAGAAAACAUGUGGCUCUCCUGGUUCAAGUCGUUCCAAGCGUUCUCGCUUGGAGGAACAGUUAGGUCCUGCGGCAGAGUUUCGUUACAUCGACAGCCAGUCGCCAGAAAAUCAGCAGAUGUUGGUUCAAGCAGAUGUACAUGAGCAAUUUGCUCCAGAACGUAAAUUUUCAGCAUCUACUCCAACCAGUAUUGGCUGCACUCACAAAACAAGUCCAUCUCUAGCAGAAGCUACUGUGUCAGAUAACGAAAGCUUCACUGUCCUCAGUUCUGGUUUGACAACACCAGACACUCCAUUACUGGUGUAUACUCCAUUGCGAGAUGAUACAAACAGCAGCACAACAACUCCAGAUUAUGAGAAUUUGCAUAUUAAUAAAAUGCCUCCUAGCCCCAACCCUCGCUCAGAUGCUGUACCUGGUGGACCGUAUGAACGGCUAACGACUCCUUCUCCAUCCCCUACAGGGGUACCACCACGAUUGGAGUGUGUUACAGAAUCAAGUUCUGUGGGAAAUGACUGUGCAGCUGCUAUUACUGCCCAGUAUGAGAACAUUCCUUUGGCGAGUCCUGCAGCGAGUGGAGAUUUACCAUCAGCAGAGGCCUCUUAUGUCAAUAUGGCUGCUACACCUUCAAGUACUGAACUCCUUAAUUCCCCUACACGAAGUCCUGUGGAGUGUCACAUAACUAUAGUGUAUGAAAAUGUUCUUUCUCCCAAAAAGUCUGCUUCCCCUACCGCAUAUGAAAAUAUGGUCCAUGAAAGUACUGAAGGCAAAGUAAGUGGAGACAGAGGAGAUUAUGAACCAGUAGAUGCUCAGAGCGAGCAGCCUUCAAACUAUUCUUCUGAGAAAAGUGGCAAUGUUUAUCAGAAUGUGCCCCAGGCUUUGGACUUGCAGCAAGAAGAAGAACACUUGUAUGAAGACAUCCAGGUGGCUAGAGCAACAAGUGAGGAUCCUGUUAGUGCACCAGUUCCGACAGAAUCUGAAUCAGUCAACAUGGAAGAUCUGGAUCCUGAUCGUCAAGUCUAUCAGCAAGUCAAAAACUUUCGCCAAUCAGUACAUGAAGUCAAUCAGUUGUUAGAUUCUUCCCCAGAGGAUGGAGAGACAGGUAGUGCAGAUGGAAACAGCAUUCAAGACCUCUCCCAACCAGAGACCUCAAAUCAAGAGGUCACCGAGCAUUUCAAUGCUGACAUUUCAGCAGUGUGCACUUCUGGGGAUGUUGGAGAUGUUGAUAACUUGAAGAUGCAGCAAACAGAAGAAAUAUUAACUGAAGAGCAAGCCAGGACAGAGGAAGAAUCCUAUUCAGGGAUGGAUAUGGAAAUUCAAGCUGUUGGAGAGCCUUCUGUUGGAGAACCCCCUCCAAAAGAAGAGGAUAGAGAGAAUAAAAAUGAGGAUGCAUCUCAGCCUACCCCAGAAUUGCUGUCAUUAACAUUAUCAUCAUCACCAUUGCCAACUUCACCCUCACCUCCAUCCCCUGCAUCUAUAUCUCCAAAGCCUUCAGCCCCCAUCCCUUCUACAUGUUCAUCUUCUUCACCAUUGAUCACGAAGGAGUUAAUUACUGAACAUCAAUCUACUGAAAUGCCAAAGCAAUGCAUCCAAGACUGUAUGACUCCUAAGUUAAUGAUGGGAUCUAGUCCAGAGUUUGUAAACGAUUACUCCUUCUCUCGGAGGUCUGUUACUGUCAGUGAAUCUCCAGUGAGUUCUCCUGAGCAUCGUAGUAGUUUGGGAUCAAGUACCAGCUCACUUCUAGACUCAAAUAGGAGGAAAUUUGAAUCUGAAAUUGGUCGAGAUAUACUCCAUGAAAGAAAAAUGAAGCAGGAACUUCAGGAACUGCGAUCAUCUUCAGUUGGACUAAGUGCAGUGUCUCCUGUACCAAAUAGGCAGCCUCCAAAGAAGAGUGGAAAGUGUAAUGUGAAAGAGCUAUUAUCCAAAUUUGAGUCUUCUCCUACUGAGGAACUUGGCCCAGCAUCAUCUGCAUUAAGAAAUCUUUCUCUAGGAACUCUUACCCCACAACCUACUCGCCGAUCUGACCCAACGCCACGGCCAGCACAUACUGCAUCUCUCCCACCAUGCGUGCGUGCACGUGCAGCAAAGGCUGCUCGUGGCCGUUUAUCCACUCUCACUUCACUUAGUGUCUCGUUAGAUGGAGACCGCUUUCUGGAGUCUAGUGGUGACAAACCUUUAGUUCGUGUACAAACGUCUCCUGACAUUAACCUCCGUGGACAUUCAGAACAAACUGGGCCUAGUCAACAUGAACCUUCUAAAAUAUCAGGCCAGCGAGAUACAACAAUACUAAAAAAUGUACAGAAUACUGUUGACUUUGAUGAUCCAGAACGCCGUCAACGAAUAGAAAAGUACAAAGAAGAACGUCGCAUGUUCCUUAGAGAAAAGUAUCGUUCAGAGAGCUUCCGAGAAAGGGAAAGAGAGCGUGAAGAGAUAUUUCAGAGGUUGAAACAGAAGACAAGUAAAAGUUUGUCAAGCCCUAGUGAUGAGCGAGAACCUCAAUCAUUAGAAUCAACACGAAGUAGCAGCGUACGCUCGUACAAGAGUGACCAUGCUGACACUGCGAGUGAAAGUGAUGUGUCACUGAGUGAUGACUUAUUGAGUGAUAGAGAUCGAGAACUGAAAGCAAAAGGGUCCAAGAACAUUCCUCAUGAACUAUUAGGCAGUGAUGAAGGUUCGCGGAGAUCAAGGUUUUUCAGUCUAAGUCAAGUGGGUGAUGAAAGCAACACAACAAAGUCUGGCCAUAAGUCAAAUGCUCCAAGAGAAGGAUGGGGGCUGAGUUCCAACAACAAGCGAAGUACUGGUGGGAAGAGUGUUUCUCCUACACACUCUAUUGAAAGGAGGCUCUCUCCUCGGAAAACUUCAGAUGCAGAUCCUGUUGCAUUACAAGCUGAAUUGGAAAAGAGGGUUUUAGGCUCUUCAAAGUCACCACGCCAUAAUGUCUCUGGGACUGCAACUGCAAAUCCAACAAGUGAUUCAGGUAGUGAACGGCUGAAUUCAAGGCUAGAAGUAGAACUCCCAGAGAUCAGAGUGUCAGGAAAAGGAUUUGGAGGCCCAGAGAAACGUCGUAGCAACCCUGAGGGGCGAUCUGUGGAGUUGCGAUUGUCUCCCAAAGGUGACAUACUUGGACGUUCUCCUGUUUCUGAUCGGAGGGAUAGUCCGCGAAGACGAGCAGCCUCUGACUCACCCUCUUUUAAUAUUAAAGAUAUGGCUGCUUUUUUUGAAAGUCGUGAUGUGGAUAAUACAGCACCAAGUCGAACUCCAUCGGGAAAACUGUCUUCCACUUGAACUUAUGGUGCCUAGCAAUGACGACUUGUUUUAUCGAGCCUUGUUGUACACAUUCAUUCAGUAAGCCAUCAAUUGAGUGGUUGGAGUUCAUUUUCAUAGUAUAAAAUGUAAAUAAGUGAAAUUUGGAGUGUGGUGAAAUGACUAUAAGUGUCUAAUCAGCUUCAUGAUGCCUGCUUGUUGCCCUUUUGAGGCGCUGGGUUCUCUGAAGUGCUCAUAUGAAGUUCUCUAUGCUUGCUUUAGAGCGGUGCUAAAAUUGACCUGUCUGUGAGCAAGUGUGUGUAUGCAUUUAUGUGUGCUUGUUUGUUGACAUAACCAGAAUACAAAGAAAUGUUAGCAUCUGUGAUAAUAAGAACAGUUUUGCUUCAAGACAUAGGAGAGUGUUUUGCCCUGGGAAGGCUUGGGCCAAUUGGCUGUGAGGAGACAUGAGGGUUGUCAUAGGAUUAUGUGUUAUUGCAAAUGUUGGCAUUCUAUCAUGAAUAAGUGGUUAUGAAUGCUAAUGUUUGUGUUGUGGUUUUGGCAAAUUGUUGGGAAAGCUCUCUUACAUUUGAUACUAUCUAGACCAGAGAGAAAAAUUCUUACUCAUAAAUUAUUAAUUUUGUAUUCAGCUCUUCCAAAAUUAUAAAAUUUUCUCUGUAAAUGAUCUGAAGGCCAUUAUAUGAAGUAUACUGUUCAAGUAUUUUUUAUGCUGAUUAUACAUAAACAUUAACAAAUGAUCGAGGAAUUGCUGGGUGCUUGAAGCUGUUUUUGCGGUAUGAUUUCCUGCAACUGGAUGAUUUGCAGGACCAAAGGAACUCUUUAGGAAUCAAUUGCUACAUGCUACCUGCAUUUGGUACUACUGUUCAUCUGAGGCAUUUGAUUUUAUACUAAAAUAAUUCCAUUCUUACUAUCACUGUUCUUUUCUUUUCUUUGGAAUGUACACCAGGAAUCUUGAGGAAAUAGUGAUAUGGAUUUCGUACCUACUGUGAAUCAUGUUGCAAUUCCUCUCUCCUGGACUAUUAUGUGCCUCACUUUUUAUUAUUUGUUCUAUGUGCAAUGUAUUCUUAUUUUUUUAUGGAAGUCAGGUGUAAAAUCUUUGUGAAUUUCCUCCCAUGUAUUUGUGAGUUCUCUGAGAGAAAGUGUGAUUACAUUGUUACCAAAAUAUAUACACUCCAUCUCUGUCUGCUCAUUUGUAUAACAUUGAAAUUACAAUGCAUUUUGUCUUGUUUUACAUGUAAUCUGUCUUACUGUCCUCUUAUAUGCUAAUGCCUGCAGUUUAAAGCAUCUUGUUUAAUUCUCAUAGAUGGAUAUAAUAGAAACAAAUUAUGAAUUCUGGUUUUCUUCAACCAGUAAUGAAAACAUGGUGCAUUCAUUUUGCUCAAAAGAGGAAUAAUUCCUUUCCCAUUUCUCUGAUAAACUCACUGUGCUAUAAAUGUUUGUUUUUUUUCUUUUUUCACAAUUCUUUAUUUAUGUAAAUGAAUUACAUUGUCUUUACAAUGUGAUUUAUUAUAAAAUUUUUUAAAAAAUUGACAAAAACAAUCAAUUUGCAAAAUAUUUACAUAAUAAACUUGCUUAUUCAAACAACUGUACUUGAAAUAAAGAAACUGUAUCUUAAAUUUGUAGCUGUGAAAAUGUGGAAUUCACCUAUUUCCUUGCAUUAGAAAUAAUAUUUACAAUUAUGUGUAGGAAAGCAUUCCUAAUAAUUAAAAAACCUAAUUGGCAAAUUUAUAACUUUAGAAAUUACAAGACAAUCACACCAUGAGAGAACAAUGUAGUAUUUUUGUAGAUGCACAAACACUAUCAUUAGAAAUGUUUACUAUCAUUAGAAAUGUAUUGUGAGUGCAUUGCAAUGAUUCACAUAAUGUGGACAGUCGAGACAACUUAUCAUCUUUCUUUUCAAUUAAAUAUUUAAUUUGUAUAAUUUUUUUAAACAUUUAUCCUCCAUUUUCCCAACUGUUCUCUCCCUUCUCUCUCCCCCUUAUUUCUUAUGUUAUUUUGUUUGAAAAUGAGACACUAACAAGUGUAGGAUUGGCUUGACUUCUAAAAUACGUAUAAGGAAAAUCAACAAUCAUUAAUUUCCCUUCUAUUGCCAUGGCUUGUGCUUUUUCCAUCCUAUUUCACGGUAUUCAUUGAAAGGUAAUGUGAAGAUGUAUUGUUAAUGUAUUGGGCCAAAGUACAUGUAAUUGAAUUCUACACGUGUUAAUUAGAAUUUGAAUCCAUUUGAGAGUUGAAAAUUGAAGUUUCACAACUUCUUUAGUGAUUACAAGAACUAAAUACUAUUGAUCAGCAUAUACAUAACAAAUGUAUGUUCAAAAUAGCCAGCAAAUAACAUACUUGUACAUCUAAGAAAAGCAACUACUAUUAGGUUAGCAGUAAGAUUGUUCAACACUUUCUUAUACAGACUUGUACUAUGACUUCCAAUGUUUCCCCAGAUUAAGUCCUAACCAUACUACAUACAUUAUUGGUAUUGUUGGAGACAAUAAACACAUUAUGUCAUUCAAUGUCGCAUAUAAAAUGUAAUUUAUGCAAUAUACAGAGAUUGUGGAGCAUGGUUGACCUCUCUAUAAAUCCUUCAUGUAAUAUAGCAUGCAAAUCUUUUUAAAUUCUACUUUGUAGUUUUGCUACCUGAUAUAAUAUUGUAUAGCCUACAUGAACAUACUUGAAAGUGAAACUGUAAUAACCAAGAAAUUUUAAUUACUCAUGACUCAUUAAAUUGUACUUGAAUAGGCUCAAAGUUUCUGGCAUUAAAAUGAAAAAAAAGAAAAUACUCAUCUACAUGCAUAUACUUGGAUUUAUGCAUUUAUACGUUAAACCAUGUAUGCAUUUAUGUAUGUUCAGAAACACACUCGUAAAAGUAUAUGUUUUCAUGCAUGCUGACAUACAUGCAUACACACAUACAUGCAUACAUUCCAAAGGAGUUAGUCAUUUCAUUUCCAGUAUGUUAAUUAUAUUUUUGUACAUGAGAAUUGUAAAAAAGAAGAAAAAAAUGGAUGAAUAAUGUAGAAACCUUAUUUGGCACAUAAACUGCUAUAAGGUCAACUACUUGUUUUCAUCUAAUUCGAUAGCAUUUUGAUUUCAUUAUUUCAACAAAUCUUCCUCCUAGAUAAUUCCAUAAAUGAAUUAUAUUAAUUAAUAAUCCUAUUUUGAAUAAAUAAGAAUGCAAUAUACAGUAUUGACACUUGUCGAUAGUUCAUAAAUAUUGAAUAAGUGUAAUAUAAGUAUAUUUUCAAAGUUUGAUGUGAGUAAUGUGAGUAGUGCAAUGAUAAUAUUAGAGGCACAUCAGAAAAUUGGUUCAAGACACUGCCAUAAAUUCUUUAUAAAAUGUCAAUAGGUUAAUGUCACUAAUUCAAUGACAUGUUUUCUGAUAUUAAAAAAAAAUUCUCAAAUUUGUUUUAUUAUUUUAAAAUAAAUGAGAUUAAUUUUCUUUGCUCAUUGAGGGAGAACGUUGGAAGUAUUUUAUUUGUUAACAUUGAUGCUGUGUAUAAAGAAUAACUUGAUCAUCAUAUAAGAGCUUCCGAAAGCUCUGCCAUGUUUCUUAAAAAUAAGUUGUUUUCAUUUUGUGCUUUAUUAUAGGAAAUAUUUGUUACUUAACUACUGGUAAUCAGGAUGUUUUCUAUUGUAUUUAAUUAACUGCGACUGAUUUAUAAUGGUGAUAAUUUUUAACAAAUCAAAUGUUCAUUUCAAUGAUAUGAAUUUGUCUUGUGAAUUUAUCUCAGAAGUUGGUUUCGAUGACUUCCAAUUUGUUUUAGUUCAAUUAGCAAUUAGUGUACAUUUUGUGCAUUGCAUUUACUGUACAAAAUGUUUAUUAAAUGUGAAUAUUAUAUAGUAUUUAAGAUUUAAAUCUUCAAUAAAGCAUAUGUUAUAUAUUUUAUUAUAUUCAGAAGAUAUUGGACAAAUAUGUUUUCUUUUUGUUUAUGUAAUUGUCCAUGUAAUAUUACUGUUGCAAUUUGUAUUUCAAUUUUGGAAACAGAGCUGUGCCCAUGUUUCAUUCAUUUUAUUUCAUAAUUAUCUGAAAAUAUGUGUAUUUGAGAAAUUUAGUUAAAGCGUAUUCAGAUAAGUUCUUCAAACCAGAUUUUGUAUGUUUCAAAGUAAUUGAUUUAAUGUGAGAUUAUGUCUUGAGAAAAAGAUAAAAGUGUAAAUAUUGAAAUAUAACAAUGUA